AUGACGUACCUCGCUCCGGGUCGAACUGAACUGAUACAAACCAUGGACAUCGCAGCGACAGCCAACGUAGACGAAGGGGACGUGCUGAGAGCGAAGAUUAUCACGAUGGUAACUCUCUUCAGCGUGUCCAUGGUAUUCGGAUGCGCGCCAAUGUUGAUUUCAAUGAAGUUCAACUGGUUCACUCGGACGUCUAAUAUGAAGUCGUCGAACCAACUGGUGGUCGGGCUGCUGUCUUUCGGCGGAGGCGUUUUGUUCGCGACGACGUUUAUGCAUUUGCUACCAGAGGUCGACGAAAACAUUCAACUCUUGCAAGAGAACGGCGAGCUGCCUCACAUGCCGAUAUAUCUCGCCUCCCUGAUCAUGUGCUGCGGCUUCUUCAUGAUGUAUCUGGUCGAGGAGCUUGUGCACGUCUACAUCAACACCAGGGAGAAUAAGACGGCGAACACCAGUUUCACUAGAGUGCUAAGCAUCCGGCGGACGAAAGAUGACGCCGAAGGUUCGGAAGACAAGAGCGCGGAGAACAAGGAGUUGGAGGCGGGGAGGCAUCACGGGCACAGCCACGUCGCGAUUGGUGGCUCCGAUGACACCGUCGUGGCGGCUUUGAGGGGUCUGCUCGUCGUGUUGGCGUUAUCCAUCCACGAGCUUUUCGAGGGCCUCGCUGUUGGAUUAGAGUCUUCUGCUGGGAACGUCUGGUACAUGUUUGGUGCAGUCUCCGCCCACAAAUACAUAAUCGCCUUCUGUAUCGGCGUGGAGCUGCUGGCAGCGGGUUCUAGGCGCUGGCUCUCUGUGGUCUACAUCUUUACCUUCUCCUUCGUAUCCGCAUUGGGGAUUGGCGUGGGCAUCCUCUUGGUCGGUGGCGCUGGUGCUUCCGCGGCUGGCCUCUCUUCCGUCAUAUUACAGGGACUAGCGUGUGGGACGUUGAUGUACGUGGUAUUCUUCGAAGUGUGGCGCCAGGAUCGGUCAGGGUUGGCCCAGUUCCUUUGCUCCAUUGGCGGUUUUGCUCUGAUGGUGUCUUUAGAGGUCAUCGUUGAACUAGCUGCC